AUCAUUGAAACUUUGAAUAACUUUAAUUUAAUUUUACUCCGCAACAUCGUUGAAUUAGAGAAUUUCUUUUUCUUCAGUCACGCGUUCUUUUUUUUCAUGUUUUUCCUGUUUAAAAAUCCAUCAAGAUUAUGAAAUUUUGAAUCUCUCGUCUCUCCCUCUAUCCAACGAUUAUCGGUCGGCCAAGGAUUGACAGACGGUUGACAGCUGUUCUCUCGGCGCCGCGAACAUGGCCGCCGAGAAAUCGAUAGACGAGCGAUGUGGGGAAUUGAAUUUAAUCCCGCGUCGCCGUGACAGCGUCUCUCCCCACGGGACGUGACCUCACGACCGUCGUCCGUGAACGUGCCGUUUCACCAUCGAACACAACACAUCGACGCGGGGAUUGUUUCUGCGCGCGCGCGCGCACCACCGUCGCUACCGUUCAGCUGAUCCGCGGAUGACGGGUGAAAGUGCUCCGAAUAGCCGUCGAGCUGUAAAGACGCGGGGCUGAUUCGACGCGAUGCGCCGGGCCCGAGGAGAUCGGCCGUAUCGAGAAUUCCUAAUGUAAAUGCAGAUAGCGUAGCGCAUCAAUGGAGCCUCUUUCGGAACUCAUCGAAGGGAUUGAAUUUUCGACAGCUGUCCAGUGUUUGAAACUUCUUGUUCUUGUCACACAUAUGCAGUGUGAUAAUAUGUAACAGUGUGUGCUACAAUAUGUUCUAUUGUUGACAUCCAUCAAGGGAAAAUUGUUGUUUGGACAAUUCCAUCUUUAAUAUGGACAUUGAAAACUUUCUCUUGCAUGUACAUAGUGCGAUAUUAUUUAUGUAACACUCUACAUUUGGAUACGUGCUACUCUUAAUAUUUAUUGAGGGAGAGACUACGUUCUCAACAGCAGUGAAUCUAAUAUGGACAGUCUGCAACUGGUUCUGGUAGCCGUCGUUACAUUUAUCUGCGGUAUAAUAUGUACCCUGGCAUUGCAGUUUUACCUAUUCAAGAGGUAUCUGGAUUCGGGGCCUCAAGCCACUCCGCCGCAAAGGCAGCUGCAGCAUGGCAAGGCGCAGUUACCUAAGGAGCUGGUGGAACAGCUGCAGGAGGAACGGGCGAACAGCAACAACAGCAUGUCUCGUCAGGCGAUGUCUCAGGGCAAUGAAAACCUGGCCAUAAAUCUCACACUGCAGUUCCUCUUCAAUGAGCUGCGAAGCGCCGAGCGAGUGCGUUUGUGGCUUUAUAGGAAGUUAAAUAACGAAUUCAAAGAACUGUUGACGCAGUCGACAACCGCAAAGCUGUUAGAUAGCGUGAAAUUGAGAGACUUGAAUCUCGGCACGCAAUUUCCGACGAUAAAAGGCUUAGAAGUUGCGGAUUCGAAAAUUGACGCCGACACGGGUCUGCUGGAAUCUCUGGACUUGGCCUUAGAUUUACAUUACUCAGGAAACUUUCAGUUGUCUAUAGAUGUUAAGAUGCUGCUCGGUAAAACAGCCUAUCUGGCGUUACAAGUAAAACGUAUCAGCGGUAAAGCUAGGCUACAGUUUACUCGCGUACCUUAUACACACUGGUCGUUGAGUUUCUACUCGGAUCCGACCUUGGAAUUGGAAGUGCAGUCACAGUUCCAAGGUCGUCAGUUACAGCCACAAAUAAUUUCGAUCAUCACAAGUCAGAUUAGGAGAGCGGUGAAGCGGAAGCACACUCUACCUCGUUACAAAAUGCGUUAUAAGCCCUUCUUCCGAAGAUUAAAUGACGAAGCCGUGGAUCUCUCAGAGGUCGUCAGUACUCAGCUCACACCAGGAUACUUGGAGGUUGUACUGUUGGAGAUCAGCAGGCUAAACCUCGCACCUAUUGCUCUCAAUAAUAGCGAAGAUGUGUCGCAGGUGGAGAUAUAUUGCAUCAUGAGCGUGGACUCUAUGCCAUGGGUAUACCUGACACAGUACAGCGGUGUUCCAUACAUGGUACUUGAUUUAAUCAUCAGCAAGGUUGCCUCUCAACAGUUAGGUGUAGUGUUUAAACAGGAAGUCGUACCGGAGGUUGGCCAAAUGUGUGUGCUGGUGGAGACCAUAGUGUCUGGCAGUCCGGCGGCGAUCGCUGAGAUGAAGAAGGGCGAUAUUUUAGUAGCAGUAGACGGCAAGAAGGUGUCGAGCAUGAACCAAGUGGCGAAAUUUGUCAAGACCGCCGUACAGCGGCGCUUCAUCAUCAGGGUGGAGAGGCGGCACUCAAAGGCGGAUUCGAGCGAGAGAGGACAGAAAAUGGACGGCGAGAGGACAUCUUUUAUCGAGAGGAAGACAUCGAAAAGUGAUUCUGUAGGCAGGAUGGACAGCCCCUGCACAGAGGACGCUGGAAAGAUGAAGUUUGAGACGCAGAUCAAGUUUUCCGAUCUUCGGGAUUCCGACAAUGAUCUUACGGACUCUCGGUCGGACACCAGCAAGCUAUUUAAGAGAAGAAAAAGCAGCAUACAGAUAGAAGAUACUGCUCAGACGCCUGACACUACACCGUCUCGACGGAUCUCAACGAUCUCCAUAUCAUCGGCGUCGUCUAGCAACGCUCAAUUUUAUCUUCCGGACGAGAGUAAUGCGACCAGUAUUGCCGAUCUGUGCUACAACACGAAGGAGAAACCGUACGCUUCUCUAAUCGCCUUUGAAGAGACCAAAAGCUUCCAAGUCGAUUCUGAAUUGCAAUACUUGAACGUGGGCGUGUGGGGUCGUGCGAAGGGAAGCGAGAUGUCAUCGAGAUUAUUAGGCUAUAUAAACGCGCCUGUAAAAUUGAUUCUGGCACAGUGUUGCACUUCCACGACCGGGCAUUACUUGAAAUGUCAUGCCUUAUUGCCGCCAGAAAGUGUUUCGCUAGCGACAUCCUAUAUAAGACUGCAGGGAUAUUCGGGAUUCGAUCCAACGCUCUGUUACGGCGAUAUUCUGCUGUCGUAUGUGUGGGAAUCCUGUCGGCCAGGCAAUCAUACAGUCAGUGAUUCCGGAAAGAAAGAUAACGCGGAAACUGCCAAAAUACAACCAAUUCCGAGCGAUGAAGUCACCGAUAGAAAGAUGCACGAUUUCAUCAGGACGCACUUUCAUAGAGCGACACACUGCGAUUUCUGCACGAAAAAGAUUUGGCUAAAAGACGCUGUGCAAUGUCGGGACUGCGGCAUGGUGUGUCACAAGAAGUGCGAAACACGCUGCCAGGCGUCCAGCACGUGUGGCGCAGAGAGCCUAGCAACCCUGGCGCUGGAGGCAGACGAGAUCGAGCCGAAUGCUAUCAUCGGGGACAUCUCAAGCCCAGAGAUCUCUCUGACCGGAUGCGAAGAUAAUGUGCAGGUACUCAAGACAUAGAACCUUAGGGCGUUUCGUUAUUCGCGAGAGUAAUCGGCGUAACGUUUCGAAUUCUUUGUUACGACAUACGAUGCUCACGUAUGAGUCAGCAGAUUCGGACCGGGAGGAAAGAAAGCGCUUAAUCUUUGAGAUCAAAUAUCUUCAUAAUUGAACAAAAUUUUAAUAAAAAUUUGUUAAGAAAAAUCGGAUUCUCACAUUUGUCUAAGGAUCUGUAAAUGAAAAGAAACAUGUGUGUGUGUGCACGUAUAUAUAUUCAAAAUUAUUUUAUUAAACAGUAUAUAUAAUCGUGUUCUAAA